AUGCCCGAGGUCACGUCAGAUACUCGUCUAAACCUUGGAAUUAUUGGAGGACGACGAGAAUGGAAGAAGCUUGCGGGAAUCACUGCAGGAAGACAGCUCCAGUCAAGAGAGGUCGGAGAGCAGGAGACCCAACCCACUCUAUCGAGGAUCGUGAGAGAACUCCUAAUUCAACGGAACCCCAGGCGCUCCAUGAGGAAGAUGGCCAGGGAAAUGCACAUAUCAGGGGAAUCCAUGAGAACUAUUGUCAAAAAACACAUUCACCUGAAAUCUCUCAAACGCAUGCAUGCGCAGCUGCUGCCACCUCACACAAGGCAGUUGCGGCUUCAACGAAGCAAGGCCUUGCUGCAGCGGUUCACGUUUGAUGACGUGGACAAAAUCCUUUUUUCCGAUGAAAAAUUGUUCACCAUCCAGGCUACCUCCAAUCGACAAAAUGAUCGGAUCCUCGCGCCACGGAUCUCAGAUGUCUCGGAUGAAAUGCUAAUCAUGCCUCACUCACAACACCUCCAGGAGGAGAAGGUCCGGAACAACAUUGCUAGGAUCUUCAAGAUCUGGGCAGAAAGGCAUAUAUAUGACAAGGACUUCCUAGCUGUUCUCUUUGCAAUCUUGAAUGAUGCAAAGCCUGAGAAAAUUAGCCAUUCCCAUUCCCAUGAACUUGGGAAAAAAGUGAAAGACCAAGACCAAGACCAGGACAAGGAAAAAGAGAUGCAAAAACCUAUUCUGGAAAGUUUUGAACCUGAAAACCUUAUCUCUAAGAUUGCAUCAACACAUGCAGCUCACAAGGUGUCUGGUGAGAAGCAUCGCAAGAUGAAGAGCAUGUGCUUUAACAUGGCUGAAGUGGAGAAGUUUCAUCUCAAUAUCAAAGGAAAGAUCAAGGCUCAGGAGAAGAAACUAGAGGAGGUGAUGACUUCUUUGCCAGAAGGGAGUCCUGUGCCAUCCCCAGAUGUCAAUGCCCCAUCCCCUGGUCCUGAAGAUGACUUUGAUCUUGAGGAUGACAAGUCCUCUUCAUCGAAUCUUCCUCUUCCUCCUCCAUCCUCUUUGAAGACUUCUGACUCCAUCCCCUCCUUCUUUGGUGCAUAA